AAAAAGUAAAAGUAACGUAAGAAAAGAAAAAAACAAGGAAAUAAAAGGAAAAAGACGCCUGUAAAUGCAGAAAAUAUUUGUUUUUCCGAAGGAGUCAUUGUCGUCCCAAAGUCGAUAACCGGAAAGUCCCUGACAAGCUCUCUCGCGAUCUCUCCAGAUUGCGGAUAAACGGAGAGAGAAAGAUGAAGAAAGAAGACACAGUGAAGCUCAUCAGCGCUGAAGGGAUGGAAUUUGUUAUCGAUAAGGAAGCUGCCAUGGUUUCUCAAACCAUACGUAACAUGCUUACUUCUCCAGGUAGUUUUGCGGAGACGGAGCAUGGGGAGGUGACUUUUCCGGAGAUAAGUGCUGUCAUUCUUGAGAAGAUCUGUCAAUAUUUUUAUUGGUCUCUUCAAUAUUCCAGGGGUAAAGAGACUGAGUUCUACAUUGAACCUGAACUGACUCUGGAGCUGAUGAUGGCUGCUAAUUAUCUCCAUACUUGAGCCAAUUAGUUUCCUUGCUUCUUGGGUUAUGUGCCCUGUUUAAAACUAAUUACUCCAGGGACAUAUUGUUGCCCAAGAAGAGUAUCUGUGCCAAUCAUUUUAGCUCUCUGCUCCACUGCUAAGUGGUGUGUUUACAGUUCCCUUAUGUGGUUGUUUUAACUUAGAACACAGACUUGUGUAGACAAAUGAAUGCAGUUAUUUCAAGAUGUAUAAUUGCUACUGUACACCAAAAUAACUUGAGCACAAUCUUAAAACGUGACUGUUUAUGGACUAAUUGUAUGUGAAUGGAUAAAUCUUCCUCUGCACUCUUGUAACCUAAUAUUUUUACCAUAAGAUAUAACGAGACCUUGCUUAUUGGA